AUGGACAAUCUCAACGAAUUUGUUUUCGGAGUGCUGCUCAACCGUUGUAUCUUGGUUGUCUCGUUCACGCUCCUAUAUUAUGACUACGCCCUGACCGUCACAGGAGAGAUCACCCAUUUCUGGUGGUACGGGCGCACCUCCAUUGUGUCUAUUCUGUUCUUCUUGAACAGAUUCCUCCAAGUCUACAACCAGUAUUUUCUCAUGGUUACACAGGGCAUCGUGGUGGCUUUACUGGGAAUGCGCACAUUCGCACUAUACGAGCGCAGCAAGCGUAUAGCUUUCCUGUUAGCCACAAUAUACCUUAUCAUGGCUGUGGUAGCUGGAUGGGCAAUUUUCACAAGCCAUACUUCUCGGGACAAAUCCGAGGACAUCGUCAUUCCUUCCACAUGUAAUCUGUCAUUAACACCCCAACAGUGCCAUCGACUUGCCGGCAUCUGGGGCACGGAGAUUUUAUUCGACCUCACUGUUUUUGCAUUGACUUUGUCGAAAUCCUUGCCGGCCCUCGCGGAACCACCAGCCAAUGGAGCUCUUUCGGCCCUGACAAAUGCUACAUCCAGCACUCUCGUCUCUCGAAUGAUGCUCAACCUUCGAGAGACAACCGGGAAACAUACUAACGCAUCAGAUCCAGUAGCCUCGGGAGCUGGAGAUAGUCAGCUUGUGAGAUCGAUGCGGUUUCAUGGGCAACACUCAGACGAUGAGAUUGAGAUGGAGGAGCCCGCGGAUCGCCUUCAUCAGACCUCAACCUGCUGCUUGGUGAAAGCGUACCUAUUGUUUAUAGGGCCCAUUUAUACCCGGUCGAUUACGAACACACCGGAUGUGCUUGAAGGACCUCCUAUAGUCUACUGUUGCAACCUACGUUGA